CGAGCGGGGUAUUUCAUCAGCGACCGCGGCUACACCACAUCUAUCCUUUUAUCAACAAGACAUUGAAGAUCUCAGUUCCUGGUGUGUGAAUGGAAAAUGCUACUGGAAUGUCGCACCAAGUGGGGAGCGGCAGCGUAUCCAACCAUGUUACCAGUUUCCCAUCAGUCUUCAGAAGGCUAAGUCCUAAUCCGCUGCUGUAAAACACUGUGACCACAGACCCGCUGCUUCCCGUUCUCUGUCUGCUUGAGUGACUGUUGCCUAAGUGAAACACACCUACGCUGAGGGACCAAUAAUAAACAAGCCUUCCCCAUCUGCCCAAAGUUCUUCUACGCUGUCCAGUCACACGUGUUCUGCUUAAGCUGUGUCAAUCACACACACACCCACACUAGAAGGAUUUAAAACUCAUAGCCCGGUUCAGCGCCCACACAUAGUCACAGCAAAUAUGGCCAGCAAGCUGUCCAACUUCGGAAAGACCCUGCUGCGUCGCCGGGCAUUAGACUUCUCUGCUGAAGAGACUCGAUUCGCCCGCUGCCUCUCCACCCUGGACCUCAUCGCUUUGGGGGUGGGCUCCACACUCGGUGCUGGCGUCUACGUCCUCGCUGGCGAGGUCGCCCGAGAGAAGGCAGGACCCGCUAUUGUCCUCUGUUUCCUCAUCGCCGCGCUGUCCUCCAUGUUGGCCGGCCUGUGCUACGCAGAAUUCGGCGCCCGGGUGCCCAAGACGGGCUCUGCGUACCUGUACAGCUACGUGACAGUCGGAGAGAUCUGGGCCUUCAUCACGGGAUGGAAUCUCAUCCUCUCCUAUGUGAUAGGUACGGCCAGCGUAGCCAGGGCGUGGAGCUCAACCUUUGACAGCCUGGUCGAACAGAAGAUCUCUGGCUUCUUUAAAGCCUCCAUGGCAAUGAAGGUGCCAGGGAAAGUGCUGGCAGAGUACCCCGACCUGUUCGCCCUCAUCCUCGUCCUGCUGCUCACCGGACUUCUGGCCUUUGGCGUGAGCGAGUCAGCGCUGGUGAAUAAGAUCUUCACGGGCAUUAACCUGGUCGUCCUGGGCUUUGUUAUCAUCUCUGGCUUCGUGAAGGGGGAUUCGGCCAACUGGAACCUCAAAGAGGAAGACUACAGCAGCUACAUAAACCAGACCAACGGCAGCAAGGCUUACAAUGUUGAGAAGGAAUUUGGUGUUGGUGGUUUUUCUCCAUUUGGCCUGACUGGAGUCCUGUCUGGUGCUGCUACCUGCUUCUACGCCUUUGUGGGCUUUGACUGCAUCGCUACAACAAGCGAAGAAGCGAAGAAUCCCAUGCGUUCUAUACCUGUCGGCAUCGUUGCCUCCCUGCUGAUCUGCUUCUUUGCCUACUUUGGUGUGUCUGCUGCUCUGACCAUGAUGAUGCCAUACUACCAGCUCAACGUCCAGAGUCCUCUGCCUGAGGCCUUCAGCUAUGUGGGCUGGGCUCCUGCUAGAUACAUCGUGGCUGUGGGCUCUCUCUGUGCUCUGUCAACCAGCCUCCUGGGCUCUAUGUUUCCCAUGCCCCGCGUUAUCUACGCCAUGGCGGAGGACGGUCUGCUGUUCCGUGGUCUUUCCAAGAUGAACACUCGCACCAAGACUCCUCUCCUGGCUACCAUCGCUUCUGGCAUCGUUGCAGCUCUGAUGGCCUUCCUGUUCGACCUGGCAGCUCUGGUUGACCUCAUGUCCAUUGGAACUCUGUUGGCAUAUUCAUUAGUGGCCAUUUGUGUUCUUAUCCUCAGGUACCAGCCAGGCAGCCUGUCUUCGUCCAGCCAGACAGAGAAGCUGGUGGAGCUGGUGGAAGGGGAGAAGGUGGCCGUAAGCGGAGGAGACAGCGGCGAUGAAUACGGGAUGGAGACAGAGGAGAGGCCGCUCCGAGAGACCUUCAAUUUCAAACUGCUGUUCUGCCCAAGUGGAAAGACCCCAACAAAGACGUCUGGGAACAUUGUCUACGCCAUCACUGCUAUUAUUUCUGUUCUUAUGAUUGUACUGUGCGUCAUAAUGGCCAACAAUCUGUCAGGGCUUCUGUCUGGGAGUGCAGCCGUGGUGGUGCCCUGCAUCAUUUUGUCUCUGCUCUGUUGUGUCUGCGUCAUCAUCAUCUGGAGGCAGCCUGAGAGCAAAGAGGCUCUCACCUUCAAGGUCCCUCUGCUCCCAUGGUUGCCCCUGUUCAGUGUUUUCGUCAACAUCUACCUCAUGAUGCAGCUGGACCUGGGUACAUGGUUGCGCUUCGCUGUCUGGAUGGUUAUCGGUUUCGCCAUCUACUUCUGCUAUGGUAUUAGGAACAGCAGUGAAGGUGCCAACAGGUUAUCCACUCGCAAAUACGAGCCUGCGCUGCAGCCCAAGAGCCCGAUCUACAAAGGCGCUCCCGAUGACAGUGACAUGGAAGCAGGCAGGCCCUGAUACAGACUGAAGUAGUCCUGGGGAGUGUUACAGAGCAUCUACACUCAUUCUGGCAGACAAAUGCUGCAGUGUAGGCGGACUGGAACGCAGCCCUGGGCUUAAAGGGAGGAGAGGCAAGAAAACGCCACACACAUCUUACCUCUGAGUUGGAAGCUGAUUAACUUGAUUGCUAGACACUGUGACAGAGCCACAUUCUGGCCCAUGUGUCUGUUUUAAUCUGUUUGUACUUAGCCUUAGCCUCCUGGAGAUAUUUACCUGCCUAUAACACAUGCUUUAAAUGGACCUAACUAACACAGAGAACUGUGGUUCUGACAUCUGUAAUCUGACGCCAUUUACUGGGAGAAUGUUACACAUUAGCUGUUUUCUUCUUUUCUUCUUUUCUGUUAUUAGUAUAAGAG